GGCUGUCCCCGGAAGAGCCCGUGUGAGAUGGCGGUCGGUACUCGGACCGUUUGGUAGUUUUUGGGUUUUUUAGCUCCUCAGACGAACCGAACAAUCUGCCUUACGGGAGCCUGAGUCCAGGGCGCUAUGGAGGGGGGUAAACCGAGCCUGACGCUGGUCUACCAGGCGGUCCAGGCCCUGUACCACGACCCGGAUCCGUCCGGGAAGGAACGAGCCUCGCUGUGGCUCGGAGAGUUGCAAAGAUCGAUGUUUGCCUGGGAGAUCUCGGACCAGCUGCUGCAGCUGAAGCAGGACGUGGAGUCGUGUUACUUUGCCGCGCAGACCAUGAAGAUGAAGAUCCAGACUUCCUUCUAUGAGCUUCCUCCAGAGACCCACAAUGCACUGCGGGACUCCCUGCUGACCCACAUCCAGAACCUCAAAGACCUGUCGCCCAUCAUCGUCACUCAGCUGGCCCUUGCCAUCGCUGACCUCGCCCUGCAGAUGGCGUCCUGGAAGGGCUGCGUUCACACGCUCAUAGAGAAGUACAACGAGGACGUGGGCUCCAUGCCGUUCCUCAUCGAGAUCCUGACGGUCCUUCCGGAGGAAGUCCACAGCCGGUCGCUGCGGAUCGGCGCCAACCGCCGCAGCGAGAUCAUCGAAGACCUGGCCUUCUACUCCAACACGGUGGUCGCCCUGCUGACGUCCUGCGUGGAGAAGGCGGGCGGAGAUGAGAAGAUGCUCAUCAAGGUGUUCCGUUGCCUGGGCAGUUGGUUCAACCUGGGCGUCCUGGACAGCAACUUCAUGGCCAGCAGCCAGCUGCUGAUGGUCCUGUUCCAGAUCCUGAGGGACGAGACGUCCACCAACCUGCACGAGGCGGCGUCGGACUGCGUGUGCUCGGCGCUGUACGCCAUCGAGAGCGUGGACACCAACGUGGCUCUGGCGCUGCAGCUGUUCCAGGGCGUGCUGACGCUGGAGACGGCCUACCACAUGGCCGUGGCCCGCGAGGACCUGGACAAGGUGCUGAACUACUGCCGGAUCUUCACGGAGCUCUGCGAGACGUUCCUGGAGACGACGGUCCGGACGCCGGGUCAGGGCAUGGGCGACCUGAGGACGCUGGAGCUGCUGCUGAUCUGCGCCGGACACCCGCAGUACGAGGUCGUGGAGAUCUCCUUUAACUUCUGGUACCGGCUGGGCGAGCAUCUCUACAAGAUCAACGACGCCAACCUGCACGGCGUUUUCCGACCGUACAUCCAGCGGCUGCUGCACUGCCUGGCCCGCCACUGCCAGCUCGACCCGGACCACGAGGGAAUCCCGGAGGAAACGGACGACUUUGGGGAGUUCAGGAUGAGAGUGUCGGACCUGGUGAAGGACGUGAUCUUCCUGGUCGGCUCCAUGGAGUGCUUCUCUCAGCUGUACUCCACCCUGAAGGAGGGGAACCCGCCCUGGGAGGUGACGGAGGCCGUCCUCUUCAUCAUGGCUUCCAUCGCCAAGAGCGUCGACCCGGAGAACAACCCGACGGUGGCCGAGGUGCUGCAGCAGGUGGUGCUGCUGCCGGAGAGCGUGCACGUGGCCGUGCGCUACACCAGCAUCGAGCUGGUGGGGGAGAUGAGCGAGGUGGUGGACCGGAACCCGCGCUUCCUGGACCCUGUUCUGAACUACCUGAUGAAGGGCCUGAGGGAGAAGCCGCUGGCGUCGGCGGCGGCCAAGGCCAUCCACAACAUCUGCUCGGUGUGCCGCGACCACAUGGCCCAGCACUUCCAGGGGCUGCUGGACAUCGCCCGCUCCCUCGACUCCUUCGCCCUGUCCACAGAGGCCGCCGUGGGCCUCCUCAAAGGUACGGCGCUGGUUCUGGCCCGGCUGCCCCUGGAGAAAAUCGCAGAGUGCCUCAGCGAUCUGUGCGCCGUUCAGGUUCUGGCUUUGAAGAAGCUGCUGGCGGAGCGGUCCAGGAACGGGAAGUCGGCCGACCCGACGGUGUGGCUGGACCGACUGGCCGUCAUCUUCAGACACACGAACCCCAUCGUGGAGAACGGCCAGACGCACCCGUGCCAGAAGGUGAUCCAGGAGAUCUGGCCCGUCCUGUCGGAGACGCUCAACGCCCACCAGGCCGACAAUCGCAUCGUGGAGCGCUGCUGCCGCUGCCUGCGCUUCGCCGUGCGCUGCGUCGGAAAGGCCCGCUCCCUGCUGCAGCCGCUCGUCACUCAGAUGGUGAGCGUCUACCAGGUGUACCCGCACUCCUGCUUCCUGUACCUGGGCAGCAUCCUGGUGGACGAGUACGGCAUGGAGGAGGGCUGCAGGCAGGGGCUGCUGGACAUGCUGCAGGCGCUAUGCAUGCCCACCUUCCAGCUGCUGGAGCAGCCCAACAGCCUGAGGAACCACCCGGACACCGUGGACGCUUUCAGACUGGCCACCAGGUUCGUCCAGAGGAGUCCUGUCACAUUGCUAGGCAGCAGCAUCGUGGUCCACAUCAUCCAGUGCGCCAUCGCCGCCACGUCGCUCGACCAUCGGGACGCCAACUGCAGCGUCAUGAAGUUCAUCCGAGACCUGAUCCACACUGGAGUCGGCAACGACCAUGAGGAGGACUUUGCGCUGCGGAAGCGUCUGAUUGGUCAGGCCAUGGAGCAGAACGGCCAGCAGCUCAUCAACCAGCUGCUGCACUCCUGCUGCUUCUGCCUGCCGCCGUACACGCUGCCCGACGUGGCCGAGGUCCUCUGGGAGGUCAUGCUGUUCGACCGACCCAUGUUCUGCCGCUGGCUGGAGAACGCGCUGAAGGGGUUACCGAAGCAGACGGCGGGCGGCGCCGUGACCGUCACCCACAAGCAGCUGACCGAGUUCCACAAGCAGGUGACCAGUGCUGAGGAGUGCAAGCAGGUGUGCUGGGCCAUCAGAGAGUUUACCAGGCUGUACCGGUAGCUGCAGCUUCUCAUGACACCAGGUUAAAUCUUUAGUUGACCAACAUUCAGAGGUGACGACAAAAAGCUGCGACUGCAGACGAGGAAGACGGAGGGACUUUGAAUGUGAAACGGGACUCUGUGACCCGACGGAGGAGAGACGGACGGAGCCCACCCCCCAGCUCACCUGCAGCAGGUGGUUGUGGGUGGGCGGGGUCAGGACCGGUUCCUGCUGGACCCUCGGAGGCGAUUAAUCAGGACGUGCCUGCUCAACUGUUUUUAAGAGAUUUAUUUUUGGGACUUUGGUCAAGAUGUUUCUGUCCGUGCCAAAAAACAGAGCCAAAAAAUUUCCCAUGAUGCUGUGGGCCGCAUGGCGGAACGCUGGAGGAUUUGGCGUCACCUUUGACCUUUUAUCUUUGGUUUAUUUUAGUUGUUUUUCCAUGAAUGGAAACAGAGAGGACUGUGGGUAAUGAGGCGGACUGACACCAUGACAUCAGUGGUGAUGUAGCCUUGCUGUAAACAAUAAAACAGCUGAAAACA